GUACAUUGUCAAUUAGCUAUAGUGCUCUUGUUUAAUUCUUUCGCAGUACUAGUAGCUAUACCUUGCUAGUGCUUUGAAGCUAUUAAGAAAAUCAUGAUAGGAUGGGAAGAUGUUUACAAGGUGGUGGUAGCCAUGGCACCACUCUACUUUGCACUCAUUUUAGGGUUUGGCUCCGUCAGGUGGUGGCACAUCUUCACUCCUGAGCAGUGCGGCGCCAUAAACCGCUUUGUUUGCUUCUUCACCCUCCCACUCUUCACGUUCGAAUUCACUGCUCACGUCGAUCCUUUCGAGUGGAACUACCGCUUCAUCGCGGCCGAUGCCAUUUCCAAGCUCAUAAUCGUGGUUGUGCUCGCGUUUUGGGCAAAGUGUAGUAGCAAGGGAAGCUAUAGUUGGUCAAUAACAAGCUUCUCUCUCUGCACUUUAACUAAUUCACUUGUCGUUGGAGUGCCCCUAAUGAAAGCUAUGUACGGCCCGAUGGCUGUUGAUCUGGUAGUUCAGUCUUCCGUGGUGCAAGCUAUCGUAUGGCUCACGGUGCUUCUGUUCGUCUUGGAAUUUCGACGGACGGGGCUAGACAUCUCUUCGGGGUCGAGUAAUGAUACCCGGGUUCAAUCAGUUGAGCAAGGUGGGAAAGAUUUAGAGGGCAUGAACGAGAGCACUCUGGCUUCACCUUCUUAUUAUUACUGGUCUUUGAUGAAGGGUGUGUGGCUCAAACUUGGGAUGAAUCCCAACUCUUAUGCAGUUUUCAUUGGAAUUGCUUGGGCUUUUAUAGCAAACAGGUGGCAUAUUGAGUUGCCAAGCAUUAUGGAGGGAUCUGUUUUAAUCAUGUCGAAGGCUGGUACCGGAACUGCCAUGUUUAGCAUGGGUAUCUUCAUGGCACUGCAAGAGAAAUUCGUAGCUUGUGGGACGAGCCUAACGAUAAUAGGGAUGAUUUUGAGGUUCAUUGCCGGACCGGCAGCCAUGGCUAUCGGCUCUAUCGCUGUUGGCUUGCAUGGUGAUGUUUUACGUGUUGCUAUCAUUCAGGCAGCAUUGCCACAAUCGAUUACCUCCUUCAUAUAUGCCAAAGAAUAUGGACUCCAUGCAGAAGUUUUGAGCACCGCAGUAAUAUUUGGAAUGAUGGUGUCCCUUCCGGUGUUGAUCGCCUACUAUGCAGUUUUAGAAUUUGUGCAUUGAUCGAUUGACCAUCUUCUCUGGCAUGGCUGUUUCAAUCAAUGGAUCGAGAGAUAGAGAAAAGAAAUUGCCGGUCCUCGAUCUCUUGUUUUACAUUUUUUUCUUUGUUUCUAUUUUGGUAUGAAACUAUUGGUGGGACUAAUUUAAUUUAGUCUUUGUAGUUGCCAAAACUUGUAAUCUAAUUAUCCUUAUCAUCCUAAUCUCAAGAGAGUUGGUGCAUUAAUCGGCAA